AUGAGAGAGCGGCGCCAAGCGGAGCAGUUUCUGCACCAGGCGGCCGGCAGCCGAAAUCUGCUCCCGGCACUUCUGCAAGUCGCGGAUGCCGCGCAGGCAGAAGUGCCUAUCCGACAGGCGGCCGCCAUCCAGCUGAAGCAUCAGCUCAGAGACUGGGAAGGCGACAAGUACAGAGAGGAGGACAAGGCACCGAUUCGGCACCAGCUGGUUGACAGCGUAGCAAAGGCUGUUCAGGAGAGCUGCGUCCGCGUUCAGUUGGUGGAGAGCUUCCGCUUGGUGGCCUUGUAUGACUAUCCCGAUCGCUGGCCAGGCGUGCUCCAGCGUCUUCUGCAGGGCCUGUGCUCGGAGCAAAGCGCGCAGACCAUGUGCAGCUUACUGCUGCUCCGACAGCUCUUCAAGCUUCUGGAGAUGCGAUCGGCGGAGCGCCGUCGUGAGCUGCAAGACCUCUCUGCGCAGAGCCUGCCAAUGCUGCUGAAGCUUGCCCCUGUCCUGGGUGAAGCCGCGCAGAAGAAGUCCCCAGAGGCGCUGGAGAUGCUGAAGUUGGUUCUGAAGUGCUUCUACUCGGCGGUGCGCAUGGCUGUGCCCGAGCAGGUGCAGAAGGACAUCCAGCAAUGGAUGGGCCUGCUUCUUGGCGUGUUGGACCUAGAGAUGGCGAUGCCAAGCUCCGCGCUGGAGCAAGAGGUUUUGGAGGCCAGCUGCGAGGCGAAGUGCCGGAAGUGGGUCUUCCAAAUUUUGCUGAGAUUUUUCCAGAAGCACUGUCACCUGAAGCGCGUGGCCGAGGGCAUGGAGACCUUCGCGCAGGCCUGGAACGACUCCUACGAGGUGCCAGUGGCCCGUGCCGGGCUCAAAGAGGUCUGCGCCCGUGCUCGAGGCACUUGGGCGCCAAACAGAUCCCUCAGCCUGGCACUGUUGUGCCUGGCGGAGGCGUGCCGCAGGGACCAGGCAUACCAGGCGCUCAAGCCGGACCUGCAACAUCUCCUGGAGCUUGGCAUUUUCCCGCAGGUGCGCUUCGGGGAAGCUGAACUCCAGCUCUGGAGCGAAGAUCCGGAGGAGCUCCUGCGAGAGCUGCUCAGCGACUGCGACUCGGACUCCAGGCCCCACCAGGCGGCCAUUGAGCUGGUGGAGCGUCUCCUGCUGUACCGCAACAAGGAGGUCCUCCUUCCGCUCUUCCAAUUCUGCCGUCAGCACCUGGAAACGGAGGCCACCGAUGCGGCAGCCUGCUCGAAUCAGGAUGGGGCUCUGGUGCUGCUGGGGGUGAUGUCGGAGUACCUGGUAGAGCUUGAUCCGAUGCAAGAGGAUCAGGCUCGCAGGAAGCGGAGAGGCAAGAAGGUCCAAGGUGUGAGCGUGGAAGAGAUCAUGACGCGCUACGUGCGGCCUGCCAUGACCUCGCCGGUGGGCUUCCUGCGCCUGCGGGGCGCCUGGUGCGCCGCGCAGUUCGCGCGGCAGGCGGUGCGACUGGGGCGCCCGGGCGCCGCCGGGGCGGCGGCCUGCGAUUGCCUGCGCCUGCUGGGGGAUCAGGAGCUGCUGGUGCGCGUCCUGGGCGCCGGGUGUCUGGAAGCCUUCUUGCAGCGCGAGGAGGAAGAGGUGCGGACGGCCUUUGUGCUGCACUUGGCGCCCACCUUGGAGCAGCUCAUCCGGCUCCUACAGCAGAUCCAGCUGGAGGAGGUGGCGCAAGCGCUGCAGGGCCUUGUCGAGGCCUUUCCUCAAGAGGCGCACCUGGGCGGUUGGAUGUUGUGA